AUGCAUCUCUUCAAUCUUCUAUCCGCUCUUUCGAUCUUGUCGACUGCAGUCACCGCUCAACACGGCAAGCAUAAAAUUCCUGAGGUUGAGGUUCUCGUCCAGUCUGCUACCUCAGUCUACAGCAGCUGGAAGGGAUGGCGUGGUACCCCUACAGGGCGUCCAUACCCAAAACCUCCAAGGCCCACCUAUCCCUCUAAGCCUAAGGACCAAUGUGCUUACUGGCUGGAGAAUGUUAAACACCAAGGCAUCUCUGCUUUCAACCCAAACCCUAGCAGUUAUCAAACUUUCCGCAAUGUCAAGGAUUUUGGCGCUAAGGGCGACGGCGUGACUGAUGAUACCGCUGCCAUCAACCUUGCCAUCAGCAGUGGCGGACGCUGUGCUCCAGGCACUUGCGGAAGCUCUACUGUUACGCCUGCCGUUGUGUACUUCCCCGCCGGCACGUAUGUAGUUUCAAGCUCCAUCAUUGACUACUACUACACGCAGAUGAUUGGCAAUCCCAACUGUCCGCCCGUCCUGCUGCCGACGGCCGAGUUUACAGGGUUUGGCGUUAUCGAUGGUAAUCAGUACGGCGCGAACGGCCUGGGCUGGGGAGCCACCAACGUAUUCUGGAGACAGAUCAGGAAUUUCGUUAUCGACAUGAGAGGUGUUCCAUUCAACGCGGCUAUGACUGGCAUUCAUUGGCCUACCGCUCAAGCUACAAGUCUGCAAAACAUUCGCUUCUUGAUGAGCAGCCAGAACGGAACCCAACACCAGGGUCUCUUCAUUGAAGAGGGCUCUGGAGGUUUCAUGAACGACCUUGUCUUCAGCGGAGGACUUGCAGGUAUGGUGAUUGGCAACCAGCAGUUCACGAUGCGCAACAUCAGCAUCUACGAUUCGGUCACUGCAAUUAACCAGCUCUGGGACUGGGGCUGGACAUACAAGGGCAUCAACAUAAAGAAUUGCAGCGUCGGUCUGAACAUUGCCUCUGGAGGUCCCACAGCGCAGGCGGUCGGUUCCGUAGCGUUCUUCGAUAGCUCAAUCAGCGACACACCAGUUGGAAUCGUCACCGCUCGAGACCCGAACAAUCCGCAGCCCGUGAGUGGCGGAAGCCUCAUUCUUGAGAAUGUCCAGCUCAAUAAUGUCCCUGUCGCUGUACAAGGACCCGGCAAUACCACCGCCUUGGCUGGAACAACCGGCUCCUCGACUGUCAGCGCCUGGGGCCAGGGUCGCUCAUACCUGCCUAACGGCCCAAACAACUUCCAAGGACCGAUCCCGCCUAACAACCGGCCGGGCUCUCUGCUCAGUGCUGGUGGCAAGUUCUACGAACGUUCCAAGCCGCAGUACGAGAACGUUCCUCUACAGCGGUUCUUGAGCGCACGCGACGCCGGAGCCAGUGGCGAUGGCAGGACCGAUGACACUGAGGCGCUGCAGAAGGCUAUUUUCAGGGCAGCCCGGAGCAACCAGAUCCUCUUCAUCGAUGCCGGCACCUACGUUGUCACUUCGACCUUGUACAUCCCGAGCGGCAGCCGGAUCACUGGUGAAACCUACCCGGUCAUCAUGUCCAGCGGCAAGUUCUUCGCGGACAUCAAGAAGCCACAACCCGUCGUUCAAGUCGGCAAGCCAGGCGAGCGCGGCACGAUCGAGUGGACAGAUACCAUUGUAUCCACCCGCGGCCCCCAGGCCGGAGCGAUCCUCAUCCAGUACAACCUCGCCAACUCCCCAAACAACCCGGCUGGCAUGUGGGAUGUUCAUGUACGCGUCGGAGGCUUCGCAGGCUCUGAUCUUCUGCUGGCAAACUGUCCCACGCAGCGGAAUGAUACUGUGGAUACCAUCGAGGAAAUCAACCCUAAUUGCAUCUCUGGCUAUCUCUCGAUGCACAUCACGAAGGGAGCUAAUGGACUCUACAUGGAGAACUGCUGGAUCUGGGUCGCAGAUCACGAUAUCGAAGACCCGGCCUUGACGCAGAUCACCAUCUAUGCCGGUCGCGGUCUGCAUGUGGAAAGCGAGGUUGGAAACAUCUGGCUCGUCGGCACGGGCGUAGAGCACCACGUAAAAUACGAAUACCAAUUCGUCAACACGCGCAACGUCUUCAUGGGCCAGAUCCAAACUGAAACAGCCUACUAUCAGCCGAACCCCAACGCCAACCUGCCAUUCCCCUACGACGCCUCCCUCUUCGACCCGGUCUUCCCCAGCGCCUCCAACAUCUCCAACAACGCCAACGGCUGGGGUCUGCGCAUCAAGGACAGCCGAGACCUGUUGACCUAUGGCGCGGGGCUGUAUAGCUUCUUCUACAAUCAGAGCACUGUGUGCUCAGCUGCGCAGACGGUGGGGUGCCAGACGGAUAUCUUCAGUGUCGAGGGCCGCGUUUCGAACGUCCCUGUCUUCAACCUCAACACCGUCGGGACGAGUUGUAUGAUUACGAGGGAUGGGAGAUGUUUGGCGCAGGCGAGGGAUAACGUUAAUACGUUUAUUAAUACGGUGGCGUUGUUUAGGACGUAA